GAUGGCCCUUGAGGUAGGGAAAUGCUUGUCGGGGGGUAUUAGUGGGUCUAAAAGUACUAAUUGCAUCAGCAUGUUGUUCAUAAGGACAGACUGUAGUGAGCAGGCUAACAGAGGGAUCAGCCAGCAGGGAAUCUCAAUAGCAUCAUCUAUCUCCAGGAGUCAGUCACACCAGUUUGUCUUCCAAACAUGUUCAACAAGCUAAAGGGUCUUUUUGGAGGCCCACCAGUGCCAGCAGAAACCCCAAAACCGGGAUCUGUACCACCAUCUGGCCCUGACAAGGAAAUCAAGCCUGCAGACAAAGAUAAUGUGACCAAGAAAGAGGACAAACCUGAGCCAACUCAGGCUCCAGCCCCAGCCCUUGCACCCACCCCCAUACUUGCACCAGCCACAGAUCUAACUCCAGUCCCAAACCCUGAGGAUAAGCCUGCAGAUGUAAAUACUGGUCAAGGAGAGGGACAGGAAGGCCCUAAGUUACCUCCACAACUUAUAGUGAUAAACAAGUAUUCUGAUGAGCAGCUGAGAGACAUCGUAAAACGGAUGAGGGAAAGAACUGAUCUUUUUAAGGAGAAAGUUAUUGACCAGUAUGCUUCCUCCCCUGAGCACAGCCCUCCUGUCACACCUGUUUAUCGUAAAAACGAUUACAUCAAAUUAAUUGCUGAGAGGGAAAAAAAAGCUGAGGAGGCCAGAAUAAAGAAAGAAGAAGAAGAUAAGAAAAAGAAGGAGGAGAAAGAUGAAAAAAAAGAGGAGGAGCCCAAACCAUCCUUCCUUUCUUCUUUCACCUGUUCAUUUUUUGAUAUUCUGCUGAAACCAAUCGAGGACAGGAUGGACUCAGUCUUAGGGAACACCAUAGAUCCAUUUACUGAUCGUAGGUACAUUGCGUGGCUCAGUGUUGUGACCCUGGCCUUCAACUAUAACACCUGGUUCAUAACUGCUCGCCUUUGCUUCCCUUACCAUACACCAGAGGCUAUCCCACUCUGGAUAGGCCUUGACCUCUUGGCUGACUUCAUCUACCUUAUUGAUCUCAUUCUCUUCCAGCCCCGUAAACAGUUUGUAAAAGGAGGGGAUGUUAUAAAAGACAGAAUUCCAACAAAGAAGAACUACAGGGACUCUGAACGAUUCACGUUUGACUUGUUGUCCCUCCUUCCACUGGACUUACUCUGCCUCCAGUUCGGGUACAAGUCCAUCUUCAGAGCCAAUCGUCUUCUGAAAGUGGAUACUUUCUUUGAGUUCAGUGAUCGACUGGAGAGCAUCUUGACUAAGGCCUACAUCUGGAGGACCAAAUGA